AUAAACGUGUGAGGAUUAGUGAUAGUGUUUACAUACACACACACGGCCAUGAUCGCUCAGGUCAUCGUAACGAUAUUUCUUGUGUAUCUUCUAUCUCUUGUGAUUCAUUAUGGACGACAGUACAGACAAUGGAUUCAGCUCACCUCCAAAAUUACUCCAAUGGGAAAGCUGCAUCCUAUCUGGGGUCAUUUUGUCUUGUUUGAUAACAUGAAGGGAUACUUCAGGACCAUUUUGGAUACGCAGGAGAAAACUAGAACAAAGCUCUUCCACGGCUGGACAAUGUUCUUCUACCCCAGCUUUGGUGUGUGUCACCCAGACACGGCUAAAGUACUCCUCAAGUCCUCCGAGCCCAAACCCAGACACAGCGUGGGCGGAUCCUACAGGUUCCUCUUACCAUGGUUAGGCGAUGGCUUACUGUUGUCAGACGGCCGGAAAUGGGAAAGAAACCGGCGUCUUCUAACUCCCGCCUUUCAUUUUGAUAUCCUGAAACCUUAUGUUCAAAUCUACAAUGAUGUUGCAGACAUUUUCUUGGAAAAACUACAAAAAGCCUGUGACUCUAACCAGAGUAUAGAGAUUUAUAAGCUGGUAUCACUAGCAACACUGGACACCAUGUUACGGUGCUCGCUCUCCUACAACGAACGGGUUCAGGAAAUGGGAGACAGUCACCCAUAUGUGGAGCAGGUCAACAGACUGACUACUCUAGCCAUUAAGAGGAUGAUAACACCAUGGGUGUACCCUGAUUUUAUGUAUGGAUUAACAGCCGACGGCAGAGAAAACAAAAAGCUGACUGAUAGUGUUCAUCAAUUUGCAGAUGAAAUAAUUCAGUCCAGAAUUAGAGCAUUGCAACUUGAUCCGGAUCAUAUCAACAAACGUCGUAAAGAUUUUCUGGAUAUUUUGAUAACAGCAAAGGACGAAAAUGGCAAAGGUCUCAGUCCAGAGGAAAUCCGGGCUGAAGUCGACACAUUUCUUUUCGAAGGACAUGAUACCACUGCGUCCGCCAUUAGCUGGGCAAUUUACUCCUUGGCAAAAUAUCCAGAAAUACAAGAAAAAGUUCAUCAAGAAGUUGUAGAAAUCCUAGGCGAGCGACAGCAUCUACAAUGGGAUGAUUUGAGUCGGUUGAAAUACAUGUCGAUGUUUCUACGGGAGGUGAUGCGGAUGCAUUCUCCGGUCCCGGCGGUGAGUCGGUAUCUAACGAAGCCCCUCUGUGUGGAGGGACUGGAGAUCCCUCCUUAUUUCGCUCUAGAUGUCGUCAUACACGCAGCCAAUCACCAUCCAGAUGUAUGGCCUGACCAUAUGGAUUUUAAACCAGAGAGAUUUGAAGACGAGGCUAAAUUAUCACGUGAUCCUUUUAGCUACUUCCCAUUUUCUGCUGGUCCAAGAAACUGCAUUGGACAGAAUUUUGCUUUCAAUGAGCAGAAAGUUAUGAUCGGAUCAUUGCUUAACAGAUUUAAAGUAAGCUUAGUGGACGGACAUGUUUAUGAAGAAUUCCCGGAUGUAGUGAUGCGAUCAAGAUAUGGCAUUAAGAUAAAUUUAGAAGAAAGGAAGUAGCGAGUACAUGUGCAUCUAUCCACAUUCGUUUUAAAAGUACUUAGUUUAAUAAGUAACUUCAGGAAUCUAAUGAAUAAUUCAGUAGCGCGGUACAUGCAGACAACAUCAUUGUGCAAGAGACGGAUAACCCAAAUUAUUUCAAUGAUCACUAGAAUUCAGGUGCUAUAUAUUGUAUUGUGAUUUCGGACGGAUUUUAUGAGAAAUACGUUUUCUAGGUUUCCCUGGCUAAACCAUCUAUAAUAAUCUGAUAAUUCUAGAUAAUAUGGUAGAAAUACAUUUAAGAAAAUGAAAUAGUUGUUACCUGAAGAAUGAAUGUAACAAACAUUAAUCAUGUAAACUUCAGAGAUUGGACCAGGUGGCAUGGAGGAGUAAGUAUCCCCUGUCAACUGAUAAAUCCACCGUAAACUCUUCCUUUUGACUGUGUACAGACGGAUGUCAGUUCACUAUUGAAAUAAAAGCCAAUUAUUUGUAUAAAAAUCCCGAAAGAAUAUUCA